ACUGUACAGGGAUCCAGUCUGCCUAUCAUUCAACCACUAACACAACCACAACUUAUGUUCUCGUGACUAGACUCUCUUUGUGUGCCAAGUACGAAGUUUCUGUUAGAGGCUACACUGCUGCGGGGCCUGGACCCUACAGUAGACCUGUAAUGGUGCAGACAUUGGCUGUAGUGUGGUCUAAAGAAACGCCAUCUUCGCCUUCUAUCUCUGCGAAUUCAAGACGAGGAGGAAUUUCUGCUAAAGUCACGCUUCCACGUUUUCCUGGAAAUGCAAGGUUUUUUCAAGUUAUCAUCAUUAGAUUAAGCUCAAACUAUAUUGGUGCUGUCAAACCACCAGGAAGAUUUACAACACAAGACAUGAUGACGUAUGAGGAAGCGCACAAAUCUUCUGUUCCUGCUGCUUAUGUCGCUUUUCAGUUUAACGGAAUUAGUUUUGAUAAAAAUCAGGAAUUUGUUAUUGGAGAUGGAGCACAGUCCAGUGGUAAAGAAAGGAGUAAGAGAAGUAGUGGGGAUCAAUAUUAUUACAACAAACCACUGCAGCUGAAUACAAACUACAGAGUGUUCCUUAGGGCUUUUGUCUCGGAGACGGUGUAUGUCUCUAGUAACUUCGUAACCAUCGACACUAAAGGUAAACCUUUCAUCAAAGGUCUCCCAAAAACAACCAUUACAGCAAUUGGCGCACUGGUAUUGUUGAACUGUGAGUUUACUGAGGAAACUAACGCCUCUGCUACCUGGACUAAAGAUGGAGUUGCGAGUAUACCUCGCGCUCAGCUCGAGAACAACGGCAAAAUACUUAUCAUAAAAGAUGUUGUUCCUGGCGACAGUGGUGUUUAUGAAUGUAAAGCAGUUAACAUGUUUGGAGAGAGCCGCACAGCUACGAAAGUCAUUGUCGCUGUACCACCAAGAAUUAUCAAAGAAUUAUCCCCCUCCACGGUGAUAUGUCAAAAGCAAAGUCCAUGUUUUCUCUCAUGUCAAGCAACAAGUUAUAUUCCGUUUAACUACUCCUGGACAAAGGAUGGCCAACUUCCAACUAGUGAUAACAUCAAAUUGAUGAAUAACAGCCUCAUUGUCACGCCACAGGUUGGAGAAGAUUAUGGGGAGUAUGUUUGUCAUGUUACAAACGCCUUUGGCUCAACAUUAUAUGAAAUUACCCUACUCGAUAGUGAAGAUAUGCAGAGCAUCUUCCUUGCCAGUGUCAUCCCAUUGUCUUGUAUUGUGUUCGUGUUGCUCCUUAUAAUUUGUGGGCUGGUAUGGCAGAGAAGACGAGCUGUUCUUAAUAAAAGAAUACAGAGCAAAGAAGAAAUUGACUUUGACGGCGUGAAAUCUUCACCUGAUCAACAGUCAAGUAACGAACAAGCUUCAGGCUCAAACACAUAUAUGGAACUCAAACCCAGGCCUUCAAACCAGGAAUCUCGUGUUCCUUCUGAGUAUCAGUCGUUACAGGAAAAACCUGAGAACCCCGGAUAUUACAAUACUGUGCUUCAGAAGAAAAAUGGCGGGAAACAAAAUGAAGGAGUAUAUGAGGAAAUAUGAUACUCCCAAAACUGAUUUUGUAUCUGUUUGAUUCAGAUUACCCAUCUUGUCUUAUUUAAUAAGCUUAAUUAUAUACCAAUUAUGUAUGUGUAAUCUAAUGACGACACAAACAAAAGAUUUCAAACACACUUUGUGUGCCACUGUUUUGUCAGUGCUGACUGCAUUUUUACUUCAUCUGUAAUCAAAAACGGAACAGACGCACGGCAACAUCCACACAUUCGGUUCUUGACACACUUUUUGUUCGAGUCUCGCUAAAAGAAGCGAUGAGUAAGUUGGCAAUGCCGAAAUGAAUUAGUUUUAAAUGUUUUCCUCUUUCAUUCAAAAUUCAUAUCUUAAAGCUUUUCUCAUAUUUUACUUGUGUCUGCGUAUUUAUAUCUCUUGCUUUUGAUGUGUGUAAAAUGUACAGCUCGGUUUUAACCUUUAGUUAUAGCCCUCGGAUGAGGGUUAAACUAAAAUUAUAACUUUGAGUGAGGUUCCCAAACUAAACGAAACCUCUUGAAAGACAAUCGCACAUAACUUCGUCAACCUUGCUUGUCGAACCCGUCUUAUCAAAUGUGAGUUAUUCUAUAUAUACCGUUAGAGUCUGUGUUACAGCAUGAAAAUAUGAAUUCGAAUUAAGGUGUAUUCUGAACCACCAGAAAAAUAAUAGCUAUUAGAUGUUAACAACAACAAAGCUUAAAAAUGUGAUGUCUCUUUCAAUCAUAAAUUACUUUUUAAAGACUAAAAGUUUUAUGUUUUAAUCGUUUAUUGGACGUUGGCAGUGUUUUAAGUUUAUUUUUAUGGACAAUAAAUUCUUUUCAACUUUAAAAGCAAUACAUUGCUUUGCUCUCUUUAAAGAAAUUGAAAAAAGCUAGGGUACAGAAUAUUAUUGUUGGGUGUUUGUAGAUAAGAGAAUGGAAAAUGAUCGAGUAUUUUCACUCCUCAAGAUAUUUUUUAGAUUACAAAUUAUUUUGAGAUAGGGGAAAAUGCUGGGAAAUAUUGUUGCAAGGCAAUAACAUCUAAAUAGGUUCUAAAUGUAAAGAAGCACCACAAUAGUUGUAGACAGUAGAAUAAAAUGUUUUCACGAAAA